CAGAACAUUUGAAGGAAAGCAGGUGAAGACGGUCGCUAUGGACGCCAAAGCAGUUCUUAUGGUAGUCAUUAUUGCCAUGACUUUAUUUCUUGGAUUGGCUUUUGGAAACAAGAUCUCGUGCAACCAAAUUCAAGGAAGUGAUUUUGAAUGUGCAAAGAACAGCGAUUGUAGAUGCGACGGGAAAUGGCUUAUUUGUAAGAGAAAAACAUGUGUUCCGAUGACGAUUAAAGAUUUUAUGGAACGUCAGCCGUGCUUUGGCGUGUUCAAGACUAAUUGUACAGAGGAUGCCGAUUGUAGAUGCGCAGAUGGAACCAAAUUAAUGUGCGAAGAUAAUGAAUGUGUCAGAGAAAAAGCUAUCGCUGCUUUCUAGAUAGAAAUGUGCUCUGUAAAUACAGGGACAACACCGCCUGUGAACAUAUCUUUAGUCUCAAUCACGCAGUGGUUAAUAACCAUGGCUUGUGAGAUACUGAUUAAACAAAUGAUAUAAAAAUAUUAUAGAUAAAUAAAAAAAUAAGAACACAA